AUGUUGUACAGCCAGUGUAGUGUGCAUUUGGUUCUCCAGUAUGGUGGAGACUUGUGCGUGGUGCAGGUGUUGUCGACUCAACCUGGGUACCGUUUGUCCAGGGACGACGCCUUGGAUUGCAGUACCCAGAUCGCCAGUGCUUUGUCUUGCUGCCCUUCCCAGGACGUCGUCCAUGGGCAAGUGUCUUUGAGACAUGUGCCUGUAGAGACAGCAUGGAAUGGGCACAUAUGCCGCCUUGUUGAUUUCAUUAUGGCAGCCCACGUCUCAAACUCCAGCGCAAGGGAUACCCUGUGCGGAUCUCUGCCGUGCGUGGCUCCAGAGUUGGUGCUGAACGAGUCGCACUUGCCUAAGCCAGCUGCUUGUUGGAGUCUUGGGGUGCUUCUCUUGGAGACCGUUUGCGGGCAGGGUUCGCUCAAGUUGUCGGUCCAGCGGCGCCGUGGCGAGUCCCUCGCAUACGCCGCGCGAUGA